CCACCUUAUCCAGUCGACGGAUCCACCCCACCCACGAGGCCACGAUCGCCAUCUUCCUCCCACCUACCACAGCACGACGCCCCCAAAAUUCCCCCACCUCCUUGUCCCGUCGGCCCUCUCAACCUCCCUCACAGCGCCGCCAUCCUCUCGACGCCCGGCAACCGCGAGCCAGCGCUGCCCCACCAUCUUCUCCGCGUGCGGCCGCUGCAAGCCAGCGCCGCACCUUCAUCUCCGCGCGCGGUCGUGGCAAACCAGCGCCGCCCCACCACCUUCCUCUUUGCGCCCGGCGGCCGUGAGCCAGCCCCGCCCUGCCAUCUUCUUCUCCACCCCUCCCUCCGUCGCCCGACCACCCCCUCCCUCCGGCGCGCCACCCCCCUCCAUACCUCCGGCGUCCCACCAGAACCAGCCUUCCGUCCUUCCCUUCCUCCUACCUCGCAGGUGACAUCCAGGGCGUGUGGCCACCUUCCAAAGUAACCACCCGAGGCGCCGGUGACCUGAUCUGGUAAAUUCAGCCUCCUCCUUGUUGCGGUGGCGCCGGAUCACCGGUCAGGCUCGCUGGGCCGAUGUGGAAAGGGAGGCCGGCGAAUUGGAGCCACCGCCCCCGGUGAGAUCCGUGGCGGCCAAUCUGGAUGAGGUCGCUCCCCAUGGUGCUCCACGACGAGGGAUCCAAGGCCCACAACGCCGCCGGCGAUGGAUUCGACCCGGCAACCGCCCACGGAUGCCUCGUCACUUCCCUCCUCUGCCUCGUCAAGCUCUCCACGCUGGUCCCUCCCAUUGUCCAGGACCCUGCGAGGCCUCACCUCGCCUCACCCCGGUCCAUGCCUUGCUCCACCGCAGACCGUCCCUUGUUGUAGUCCAAAAGCAGACCCCGACGGUUGAUGCAGUACUACGGGUCUUUGAUGCAUCGUCAGUGUGAUCCGCCAUGUCCUCCGGACGAGUUGCCCUCCUUCCCUUGCAGUCCAGGCGCCCCGGGCUUGCAGUGCGUCGGGGCACGCGAUGCAAUUUGGCACCGCAAAGCACCGGACUCUGGCGUCCUCUCCUCCUCUCCUAUAUGGCGUCGUGGGAGGCCUCGACAGAGCCACCAUGGCCGCGGCCCCUAUUUGGGAUGCCUCCACCGUCCCGUACCGUGGCUCUGGGCGUCGCAAUGUCCUCCGACGAAGCAACUCCGACCGGGUGGAUGGGGCACUGCAGUCCACAUUGCACAACGAGCUUGAUGUGCAGUUCAUCAGCGGCGUGCGGCUCGUUUGUGCUCGGCGUGCAGUGCGUCUAGUUUCCUCGAGCAGUCCGGCGAGCGUUGAGGUGCAGCUUUGGCAUUGUGGGAUGUGGUUCUGUGCUCAUCUCCAUGCAGUUCCGGGGCACGCCGAGCGACAAACGCGGCAACAACUUGGUCUCCAGCAAACUCCCACCUCACGUCUCUAUUGCAGUAGGCAGCACACUUUGCAUCCCCAGGUUCUGCUAGAGAGGUUCACUGUCUGCUGUCAAUUCCCAAUAUGGUGGUUUUCAUUCCAGGCGAGGAUGGUCGUGAGACUGUCGUGCAGUUCGCCGGUCCAUAGUGUGAGGUUCACCGGGCGCAUGACUGCAGUGCACUUGACCCUCGUGCGGUGCCGACGCCGCUGUCCACCUGGCACUGUGCUGCAGUCUGCUCCUGGCCCUCGACGGACGACAUAAUUCGCCAAAAAAUGGGCGCUUCGAUGCAGUUCUGUGCAAGUGGACGUGCAGCCAAGAAAUCCCAUAGUACUAGUUCCUUUUUGUAGAGACAAAUUCAGGUGGAAUGAAGUUCGCUAGCUGCUCCUAAGUUUAGUUUACCUUUAUGUUGCAGGAGAAGACAAAAAACAAACAGAAAAGAACAAAGUAAAAAAAGGUGGUUCACUGCCCAAAAAAAUUCAGUUUCUUUAUGAUGUAUAUAUAUACUACUAUGUGCAGAAGGUUGACGACGGCUCUGCAGCCUGGCGUGUGCAGUACGCAGGGGUGUGAGCGUGCAGCUCGUCGUUUCAGUUGCGGUUACCAUGUGUAGGGCGGCGCGGGGGUACUGAAGUUUGUUGGUCGUGCAAAAAAUAUGUUAUUUGUUUGUGUAUGAGAAAAAAUGUAUGCUUCUGAGUCCACUUAUGUUGUCCUCUGUGGGGUGGUUCAUUUUGUAAACGAAAAAAAUGUUUAUUGAAAGAACAAUGUAGAGCUUUUGCA